AUGCCGCGUCUCGCUUGCCACAGCAGGAUACAGCGCCUUGUCCACUGCCCACCACAGCCUCAGUUUCCACUCACAUGUUACUUGGGUCGUCACGUGCCAGUGACUUCACGUAGUUUAACACACAAACAUAUUAAUUCCUGCUGUACAGAUCUCUGUAUCGUAGGUGGCAUGAUAACAAAGCAACACAAGCAUUUGCACUCCUAGCAUUGCACAUGGUAAUAUUGUAAUAAUGGUGCAGGCGGCGUUACGGUCAUGUAACGAAGGAUGGGUAAUUUGGUACACAGAAAGAAGGCAACCGGCACCUCAAGGUCAAUAUGCACUUUCACUCAAGGUCUUGCGCCGCGUAUCAUCAUUUUACGCUGGACGGGGAGAUUGACUAACUUGUGCCGCUGCAGCACGCACCAGUGACACCACUGCCGUGAUAUGGUGUAGAUCUCGGCAGUAGCCAGUGUUAGCUAUGUGGGAAGGAUGUGUGUACCUGGUGCCGCCUGGGCACACCUACGGGCAGGAAAUGAACCAUCACUGGGAGAUGACGUGCCACGCAAGACACUAAUGGAAACAGUCGCAUCCCGCUGUGCUCCCUGACACCAGCUGCAUGGAGGACAAAGGUGCGGCAGCUGGUGGUGCACAGCCUAGGUGCACCUCUCAGUGUGUCCGCGGGAAGGAUAUACUCCAGUUACCUAAUGGAACGCUAGAGUAAAUAUAAACAAGUUUGGCGUCGCUGACUCUGACGUCUCUGUGACCCUGAGCUACUGCUAUUCCCGCUGCUGUUACUGCUCCUCUUAGUGGUGGUGGUGAUAGUGAUGCUACGUAUAUGCAUGGCGGUACACUGAACUUAUCAUUCUACAGUUUACUUCCAAACGCAGCUAUGUAAAUGCUACUAACAGAAGCCAAUCAGCCUGCAGGACAUCAUAGCACAUGCGCCAACAAACGUGAGACAUUAAUGCAUUAUAGAGAACGUCAAGCAAUUUAACAAACUUUUUCCACAUAACGCUGAAAUGUUUUUCUUUUCUUUUGAGUCACCUCGCGUAUUGCUGAUGGAUAGCAGAUUUGAGGUCUGUGACAUUGCUUCUGACUCGAGCUUCACUUCCUUCCCAUUGGUGGCAGUGAUAAUCUACUAUACAGGACAAGACUCAGCAAUAAUAACAAACAGUAGCAUCAAAUGUAUUGAUUUGCAUGAAUUCCGCACAAACCGAAGUUUAGUUCUGAAAAGUGCAAUACGGCGGGAACAUCAAUAUCCAGGAAUUACAUUACCAAAAUCCUCGACUAAGCAUUGAUUCUUUUCAAGGAUUAUAAGUGUCCUUUACGUCACCACUGCAAAGUUGAAGGAAGGAAAACUGUGACGUAACAGAAGGACUGACUGACGUCAUCCUGUAUAAAUAUGAGUAAUGAAUAUUACAGCAAAGACAAGAUACAGCUGCUAUGAAGGUUACUUUUCUCUGUCGACUCCCAUAAGGUGUUAGUGAGCCAUCUCUCAGCUACUAUACAAUGCAAGGUGGUCGGUGUGCACGGACCAACGUGUGCUGAAUUUCAUCCCGGGACUCGUGCCAACUGUAGGCUGACGGUUGCGAGGACCGCAUUCACUCAUUCACCAACACCUGGAAGCCGCGAAGGCUGCUUGAGCCGCUGCCAUGGGGCUGGGCACGUUGGACGUGGUGAUGCUGGUGCUGUCGCUCUUGGCGAGCGCCGCAGUGGGUGUGUACUUCAGCGUGUUGGGCAGAAAUUCCACGUCCGUGGAGUAUUUGCUCGGGGGACGCACCAUGAAACCUCUGCCGCUGGCACUCAGCCUGAUGGUCGGCACCGUGUCGGCCAUCACCAUCAUGGGAAGUGCGGGUGAGAUGUACGCGUACGGUACACAAUUAUGGCUAAUGGACCUAGGCAUCUUGCUGGCACUUUUUAUCAUCGCCAAGUAUUUUAUCCCCAUCAUGUACCCGCUGGAGCUGAUCUCUCUCUACCAGUACAUAGAGAAGAGGUUCAAGUCUAAAUGGCUACGCCAGGCGACGGCAGUGCUGCAACUGGUGGGUGGCUACCUCUUCAUCGGAUUCCUGCUUUUCCCGCCCUCCCUGGCUCUCCAGAGCAUGAUGGGGCUCUCCUUCUUCGUAAACAUUAUUAUUAUCGGCGUCUCCUGCACCCUCUACUCCACCUUCGGCGGGGUGAAGGCUGUGGUGUACGCCGACACCCUGCAGGCUGUGGUGAUGAUCGUUGGUGUGUUGGCCAUCGUGAUCCAAGGCGCUGUUAAUAUGGGAGGCAUAGAAAACGUGUUAGACAUUGCUUACCACGGCGACAGACUCGAGUUUUUCAACAUGAGUCUGAACCCGUACCAGCGUCACAGCUUCUGGCUCUGCGUCAUCUAUGGUUUCUUCUUCACGUUGAGCAACAACGCAGUCAACCAAAGCCAGGUUCAACGUUACUUCAGCACCGGUAGCGUCAGGAAUGCCCAGUGGGUGCUGUAUUACUCAGCCAUCGCUCUGGUCUCACUGCGCUUCCUCAUCAACUUGGCUGGCCUGGUGAUGUAUGCUUACUUCAGGGACUGUGAUCCCAUGGGCAAGGCAGAUCCAAGCAUCGUGCUUAUCUUUUAUGUGAUGAGGGAGCUCACCAAAAUCCCUGGCCUCACUGGGCUCUUCGUGGCCGCUGUCUACGCUGCCGUACUCAGCUCGGUGUCCACGCAACUCAAUUCCAUGACGGCGCUGCUGUGGGAGGACUUCCUGAAGGUGCUGCCCGUAUUCCGAGACUGGAGUGAGAUUAAGGUCGGCUACCUGCAGAAACUUAUAGUGUUCCUCUCGGGUGUGUUGGGCAUCGUGCUGGGCCUGGCUGUGUCACAGUUUGGCAAAUCCUUCUUCACCACUGUCUUGGCCAUCAACGGAGCGCUCACGGGACCUCUCAUCGGCCUCUUCAUCGUGGCUCUCUUCCUUCCAUGGGUCCCUGCUAAGGUAUGUGACGAUUCGCACACAUUCCUUCGCUUCUUAUUCCCUUCCCCAUCCCCAUCAUACUUAUUUCACUCACUUUUUCUUUUCCGUUUCCCAUCUUUAUUGACGUGCUUCUCUUCAGCAUGCAUGUAUCACAAUGUCCUACCCAAUCACUCUUUUUUCUUUCUCUUCUUUAUGUAUUUCUUUCUCUCUCAGUCACACUUUCAUUUUCUGCUAUCACCUUCCGUCUUUCUCUCCUUUUUUUCUCUAUCCAUCUUGUUUCAUGUUUGUUUAUCUCCGUACGUCUUUAUCUUCUUUUCUUUUCCACAUUUCUUUUCCAUGUCAUUCCUUCUUUCUCACUCUCCCACCCUCCUAUCUACAGUUUUCUCACACCCUCCUCUCCAUCUACAUUUCUCUACUUUCCCUUUUUCUCUCACUGCAGAUUCUUCAUUUACACUCUCUCCCCUGCAGGGUGCCACGAUCGGCUUUAUUCUCGCCAUCGCCUUCAACGGGGUGAUGGUAAUCGGGCAACAAAGCAUCCCCAAGGCUCCCUACCUUCCCUUGUCCAAAGAAGGAUGUCCCGCUACCUCCAUCGCAAACGUCACCGCUAACGUCACUGAAAUAGAAGACGUCGCCACCACUAUCGUCACCACUCUCGCCCCGACCCUCGCCCCGACCCUGGAGAACAUCACCACCACUGUCACGCCUUCACCUGUCCCGUCUGAGGGCAUCGCGGAUGAAUGGUUGUUCGGGUUGUCCUACUGCCUCAACCCAUUGUGGGGAUCGAUGUUAUGCAUUCUGUUGAGUCUCAUCGCGUCUGCUAUUACAGGCUACAACACGCCCGAGGAUGUGGAAGAAAAACUGGUCGAUCCUGGAAUGUGGAGGAUAUUUCAGAGGUCACUCAAACUGCAAAUCAAAGAAUCUUUCUACAAGACCAUUCUGAGAAGGCGACCACGAGGGGACCAUAAUGCACGGGACACGAGUGACGAGACCGGAACCAGGGAUCCUCUGAAUAACUUGAUGGACACCAAAGAUACCAAAGACAACGAGAUUGAUGGUAAUGGCGUGGUGUGAGGCUAAGGGAACCGCAGAGCAUUCGGGAAACUUGGUGUUGCCAAAGAGUGAGCGACAAUCCGGCACUGAUCUCGUUCACAAAAUCAUGUAUGUAAUUUCUCGAGUGAUUCCACAGACUUGAAAUGCGUAAUUGCAGAGCAUACUUAAAGACAGCACAGAACUGAAGCCCGACGAAGGAUUGGAUGGUACCGUCAGUACACGUGUGUCGUUGAAUAAGUGAGUGAAACAAAUUUGAUUCAAUGACAUAACUUUUUGUGAUGUGAAGUGGCACUGUACAGGUUGUUGGGUGGCUUCCUAUACUGACUGACACGCUGAUAACGCUAGGAGUGCUAAAUGUGUAUAAUUCCGCAAAAAAGGAAGCCACAGUCUGGUUUGUAAAGCCCCGAGAGGAGCGUGCCUGGCGUAGCGGCACUGGCCUUGUGUUUCUCUUGCUGUCGUGUCACAAACUGUCACGUGUGUACACGAGGAGUUGCCUCGUCUGCCAUACUCAUGUAGAUUUCUUUGUCAUUUCCUUAUCAUUUGUGUGUUCAAUGUGCGCAGUGUGUAGUGAGGUAGAACCAUCGCGGGCAGGCUGGGCCAGCCAUACCCUGCUGAGACACUGUUCCGUAUGGCGGGACUGUGUGGCUUCGUUACCCCAACCCGCUCGCUGAUAUUGGUCCUGCGUGGCAGCGUUCGGUCCUGCCAGGCAGGACACGAUGGACGCUGGCCGCUGCCGUCCCGCUGCUGCGGUCUCACAAUCCUGAGCCAUUCGAUCGUGAAUAAAAGUGAGACUGAUUUCCGGCAUUAUGUUUCGUUAUUUUUUACCAAUUUGUUAUUUGUAUACAUGUAUGUAGAUGCUAUGUCAAUUGAAUAUUUUGUUAUAACAGGUACUUAUGUGAAAUGUAAUCACUUAUCUCUAUGAUACUAUUAUGAUAAUUAUACAGAGAGCAAAUAUCUGUAGUGUUUUGUAAUCAAACCUUUUUUACAAUAUAUUAUUUAUAUCAG